UAAAAAAUCAGUUUGUUAAGGGCACGGCGCUAUGUUUAAGAAGGUUGUUGGGGGGGGGUCCCCUUCGUUUUGGUGAUUUCGUGAUAUACUUUAUACAUUAUGUGACGUCAAAUAAAUUGUUCAUAGAGCCUUCAUUAUUAUAGCGUAAAAUUUUGGAAGAUAGAAAGUAUUGAGACAUUUAAUCCCGUUCAUAAUCUAAAUGAAAUGUUUCGCAAAAGCCUUCUUGCUUGGCAUUUUAGUUUAAUUCUGUUAAUUGAUAAUUCAAAUGGUUCAGAUGUUGAUUUCGAAUUCCCUCCCAGUCCUUAUUCAUCAGAAUUCAAGAAGUGUGGACUCGACAAAAAGGGAUACGUGUGUGAUCCCGAUAAAAUUCUCGACUAUUCUUCUAGACAAUCAAUAAAUGAAUUGUUAUUACAUUAUCCUCGAGAAACACCAUGUUUAUGUCGUCAUCCGUGUUUUAGAAAUGAAGUUAGUCAAAAUGCUAGACUUGUUGUAACAGUGCUAGUUUCGAAACCAUUUUCAAAUAAAAAUGCAUCAAUCGUACAAUACGCAAAUAAUAUUCGAAAUAAAUGGAAAAUUGGAGCAUGCAAUGGCAAUGAUGUUUUAAUUUUAAUCACAGAAAAAGCUCUUCAUAUUUCAUAUGGAUCGUUAGUAUCACGAGCUUUAAACGCAGAAUGUACACGUCGUUUAAUUGGUCGUUUCGAUGCUAAUAAAGAAAUUACUACAAAUAUUCGUCAAACAGCUUUUAUUCUACGUGAAUAUUUUCUUGAUCCAUGUUUAUGUCGACCAUGUAAAACUGCUUAUUCAUGGUUUAAAAUACCAGCUAUGCUUUUAGCAUGUUUUUGUUUAUUAACAUGGUUAAGUUUAGUUGGUCGUAGAGCAUAUUUACGUCGUAAUAAUUUGAAUACACGUCCAUAUUGUUCAUUAUCUGAUCUUACUUAUACAACAACAAAUAGACAGCAUUAUCAUCAUACACGUUCAUCACGUACUGGACGUAUUCGAACUAGUGGAUUAUCUUCACCAUUUAAUUUAUGGGAAACAAGAUCAUAUCGUUCAAAUAGUAUACAUGGUAUAGAAAGUACAAAUAAUAUGUCCAAUUCAAAUUGGUGUAAUCUUUCUUCAUAUUUUGGACGAUCUAAUGGUCUCUAUUCUGAUGGAUUUCGUACUACACCUCCACCACCCGCUUAUUCUAGUUUAAAGCAUAUGAUUCAACCACCACCAGCUUAUUCAGAAAUUCAAUCUACUACUGAUUUAUUAGCUAAACAAUGUGUUAAUACAUCAACGUUAAUAACUACUACUACUACUUCAAAUAUAGGAAAUCCAGUAGAAAUUGAACAAUCACAACAUGAAUCAAUGCAUAUAACAUCAUCACCUAAUACUAAUAUUACUACUACUAAUAGUACUACUACUGUCAACACGAAUUCUCCGCCUUCUUAUUCUGAAGUUGUUUUAUCACGUUCCAAUCAUUCAUAUAACUAUCAAAUCAAUCAUAACACAUCAUCUUCAGACGCUAACGAAUCAAACACAACAUGUACAUCAAAUCUUGAUACGUCGAGUACAAUUACAAAUUAAUCAAUAAUACAAAUCUUGUUCUCUCUUUUAUUAUUAGAAUAAAACAAGCAGCAAUUAUUAUUCGAUGAAAUUUUUUCACUUACUUUACUUACGCCUGUUACUCCCAAUGGAGCAUAGGUCGCCGACCAGCAUUCUCCAACCCAAUUCGAUGAAAUACACAUAUAUAUUUAUAUAAAUAUGAAUGAUCAGAUUUCAAUAGUUUCAAUAUAUAUAUACGGUCCUUAUAUUGGAUCCAAUGUUUCAGUCUUCUUCUUCUCUGGAAGGUUCUUUUCUCUCUCUCUUUCCAAUAACUUUGUCUUCUGAUUCAACUUAUUUUAAUGAAUGAAUCUGUGAUGCUUUUUAUUGUAUUUUAUUUUCAUUUUACAAAUAUUGUAUAUGACAGACAAGUACAGAUAUAUAUGUCAAAUUGUAAUACUAUUAUAAUAUUCUCUGCUUUCAACGUAAUGCCUGUUUAUUUUCGUUAACUUUGCUUUUUACAUUCGUUCUUUAUCUUCUUUGCUAUUGAACGUGUACAAAAAAAAUAAACUUAAUAUUAUAUUUAUUCGAAAUGUUG